AUGGAUGAUUCUGGCACUGACACCUCUCCUCUUCUCUCCCCUCUCUCUCUCAUUACAGGUUAUGGUCACGUGGCCCCGAAAACUCCAUAUGGACGUAUCGUCACAAUAUUCUACGCUGUGCUUGGCAUCCCGUUGACGUUGCUGUGUCUAACGAACAUAGGAAAUUUGAUGGCUGAUGGCUUCCGGAUCCUCUAUGGGAAAAUAUGUUGUGGCUUAUGUUGUCUCCUAUUUAAACCUCGACGAUACGGCAGAAGAAGAAGAAGACAUUUUCACGACCCGGAAUUCUGCAACUGUGAAGUGACCGAACGCAAAGUGGAGAAGAGCAACGAGGUGGUACAGGUGCCGACCUCGCUCUGCAUCCUACUGAUCGCCGCCUACAUAUUCGCAGGGGCCCUUCUGUUCUCGCUGUGGGAGAAAUGGGACUACCUGACCGGAUCGUACUUCUGCUUCAUCACGCUAAGCACGAUCGGCUUCGGCGACAUCGUGCCAGGUACCGACAUCAAGUCUUGGUCCCAGCAGGAGAAGCUUGUGCUGUGUGCUCUCUACUUGGUCAUCGGUCUGUCGUUGAUUGCAAUGUGCUUUAACCUGGUGCAGGAGGAUGUGAAGGCCAAGUGUCGUUGGUUGGGACGUAAAUUUGGUAUCAUCGAUAAAGAUGACACCAGCAUAAACUGAACAGAGGUGGAGCAGUGUGUGAGUGGCAGUGAUGGUGGCACGGAGGUGGUGGAAUCCUGUUGGAGGUGGCUAUACUUUUUUUUUGUUGGAGGUGGCUAUACAAUUUUUUUUUGUUUGGUUUAUAAUUACACACUCUUUUUACUCUCAACCCCCACACACAUACAUAAACAGGCGUGGCUGCAUGGCAAGGAGCUUCUUUUCCAACCACAUUGUUCUGAGUUCAGUCCCACUGCGUGGCACUUUGGGCAAGUGUCUUCUACUAUAGCCUUAGGCUGACCAAAGCCUUCAGAGUGGAUUUAGUAGAUGGAAACUGAAAGAAGCCUGCUGUAUAUAUAUAUAUAUAUAUAUAUAUGUGUGUGUGUGUGUGUGUGUCUUUGUUUGUCUGCCCCACCACCACUUGACAACCGGUGUUGGUGUGUUUAUGUCCCUGUAACUUAGUGGCUCAGCAAAGGAGAAUAAGUACCCUUGAAAGCGGUGCUCCAGCAUGGCCGCAUUCAAAUGACUGAAACAAGUAAAAGAAUGAAAGGUAUGUGUACAAAUAUAUAUAUCACACACUCCUACCAUCAUUCACUCCCACCGCCACCACUAUUCCCACCCAUACGCUAGUACCCCCACCACCACCCCUGACAACAACAACCACCACAUGCAUUCACACCACCACUGCUGUCAUUAUCUCCCCUCCCGCUACUCACAGCACAACCUCCGCCAUCACGUAACAACACUACCACCACCACCACAACCACCACUGCACCUGCUACUCAGCUAAGAUGAUGAUGAUGAUGAUGGUGGUGGUGGUGGUGGUGGUGGUGUAAAAAUUGUAUGUAUGUAUGUGUGUGUGUAGAAUGACUGUGGAGGUGGGUAUGGAAGGAAUUACUUCCACCCACCUCCCCCCUGCACUCGCAUAUGUACCACCACCCAUACUUUUGCCAUACAC